UGCACCUGAUCUGCUGCAUUCCUAGAGCGGCAGAGCGCGCUGCGCGCCACCGAGGCAGGACAAGUCAAACAAGCCGAACCGACUGAAUAAUUUCUGCGUGAAUCUUCCGUCCUUUGCUUUAUUUGCAACCCAGAACCAGGUCUGACAGCAGAGAGAAGCCGGGGGGUCUAACAAAUGCUGCAGUAAAAUAAGCUGCCCUUCUGCCGGAGCUGCACCGGCAUCUUGUAUAGUGAAUUAAUGUAGGGAAAAUCAUAUACAUAUUAUGAAGGUUUCCCAGAAAUAAAUAGAUAAAGGAUACUCGCCAUCCAGUUUUCGCAGGGACUUUCACACGAGAUCGACCAUGGAGCAGGGUCCAUGCGAGGACGCGAUUGACUUUAGGUCCCUGCGGGCCAAGUUUCAGGAAGAGGCGGCUCUGAAACAGACAACAAGCAAACCUGCUCUUCCAGAGAAACCAAAGCAGAUUCCCCCUUCCGGGGGCCGCUCCUCCAUUCUGACCUCCAUCAAUUUAGCCAUGGAGAACAAGAUGCCAAUCAUACCAAGAGUGGUCUUCAAAGAUGACAGUAAGGGGUUAAGCAAGAAGUGGCCAGAAUGUCAGCCCACGUCCCCCACAUCCCCCACGUCCCCCACAUCCCCCACAUCCCCCAAAGGCAAAGAGGAUGAUAAGAAGCCCAGGUUCAGCGCAGAGGUCCAGGAUCUGAACCAGAAGAAAGAGGUGAGCAGGGUGAAGCCAGCCCAUAAUGAUAAAAAGGUGCCUCUCGUACCUGUGUCUGCAGAAGAAGCUAAACCCAGAUCCGACCUGCUCACUCCUGGCAAAAGUCCACCGUCUAAAUGCGAAAGUCCAGCCUUCAGCUCAGCACCAACCUUAAAUCCUGACAAGGAAUCCCCUCAAACCAGCAAGGACUCCCCCAGAGCAGCCUGCAGCACUGCAGAGACACGGGUCACGGCACCCGCCAAAGCCUUCACAGAGGUCCCGACACCCGCCAAAGCAUUCACAGAAACCCCGACUCCCACCAAAGCCUUCACAGAGGUCCCGACACCCGCGAAAGCCUUCACAGAGGUCCCGACACCCGCGAAAGCCUUCACAGAGGUCCCUACACCCGCGAAAGCCUUCACAGAGGUCCCUACACCCGCGAAAGCCUUCACAGAGGUCCCGACACCCGCGAAAGCCUUCACAGAGGUCCCGACACCUGUGAAAGCCUUCAUAGAAGCCCCGGCACCCGCAAUAGCCUUCACAGAAGCCCAGAAACCGGAGAAUGGAAUCAGAGCCUGUGAGCUGGGUGAAAGCCAGGGGACCUGCUUUGCCAAAAAGGAUCACCCUGCUGCAGCUGAAUCCACAAAACCAAGGGCUGAAGUCGACCCUGUUUUAUGCAAGACUCCACCUUGUGAUAGGCGUGUUCUGAGAGCUCUGGAGAAAGCUAAGAUGAAGAUCUCCGCAGUUCAGCCGUCGCCACUUAGUGAAACGACGAGCAUGCCCCAAGAGGAGGUGGAUUCCGCGAGUAUGGAUAGCAGUCUGCUGGUGCUGCCUCCCAUAGACUAUCAGGACCCACUGAUGGAGAUCCGCACCCACACCUUCUCCGAUCCUCCUCCAGCUGCUGAGAUUAAUGGCUUAUCUCAAAACCUUGUAUUUGCAGCACAAGAAGAGUCAGUCCCUGAGGAUCCAGCUCUUCUGAUGUCACAGAUUGAAGGUCCAGACCUCGAGGAAUUUGAGGUUUCGACGUUGGCGGCGGCAGAUUUUCCAGAUCGUUGGACACCAGAGUUCAACCCUGAAGAAUCUCAGGCCCCGGAGUUUGAAGCUGCAGAACCUGAAGCUAUGGACUAUCAGCUUUCACAAUUUGAGGAAUCGGGCCAUGGAGAUCUGGAACACGAUCACCCACUUGAGAUGACUGGACCCAUCACUGACCCCUUGCCAGUAUCUGGGGUUCAGUGUACAAAUGAAAGCCCUGUCAGUCACAAGUACCCUCAGGAGAAGAAGAAGACCCGCAGGGGUCUAAAUGGACGCAAACAUAACGGACACCCAGAAAACCCCUAUGAAACACAGCCGACGAGGCCCGAUGCCCCCAGGAAUUCUUGGUUCCGAAAAUCCCGCCAGGGGAAGAGCGAGCAGAAAGGUGACCCCAGUGGACCGGGAGAGAAGGAGCUGAAGAAGAAAGACAAGCAGCGUCUGGAGAAGGAAAAGAAAGAGCAGAAAAAGAGGGAGAAAAAAGAGAACAUGCUAAAGAAGAAGUUCCAGAUUACUGGGCAGGAGGAGGUUAUAUACCAGGCUAGGGUGACAGUGGCCAGCAAAGGCCGUAGGAACGGCCUGGCCGUGAAGAGCGGGGACAUCAUCAGCAUCAUCCGCACCACUAACUGCCCGAAGGGGAAGUGGCUGGCGAGGAGCGAGGACAACAACUAUGGUUACAUCUCCGUGGAGGGGGUCCAGCUGGACAUCCAGGAGAUGAUGGAGCUGGGAAAGAAGGCGGCCCAAGCUUCAGCCCGCGGACCAGUCAACGGAGAGACCAGCAGCACGGGAAGCAGGUCCUCCAAUCACUUUCCCCUGUCCAGUGGCAGCUUUUCAGAUGACAGUGAGGAGUGGACGAAUGACGAUGAGGAAGCCAUGUCCCCCACAGUGUCCAAGGAGCCUCAACCUUUCUCAGCACCUGAAAUAAAGCAGCACUCCAGCCUCGUGGAGACCCAGCACGAUGGCGGCAUGGAGAAUAACGUUACCCACCUGGAAGCUCUUCAGAAGUUGGCCACAUUCUUCCAGAACCAGAGGGUGACAGAAAGCCCCCCAUCAGUGAGAAGUGAACCAAGUAAGUGA